GUUACCGCGCUGGAUGCGUUUGUUGAACGUUUGUACGCUGUAUCCUCAAUAAUCCAGUUUUUUUUACUUUAAAAAGAAACGUGAAAGAAGACUAAAUGCAUGGAGAAGUACGUAAGAGUACCAGUAAUCGAUGUACAUAAGGAGAACYUAGAUGAAAUAUGGCCCUUGCUUCUAAGAGCAAUAUAUGAAUCRAGGUUCGUUGCGUUGGACACGGAACUCAGUGGUCUUGGUGAAAGAAAGAAGCUUUUUGCUAAAUCUAUCGAAGAUCGCUAUAAAAACCUGGUUGAAGUUGCAAAAUCAAGGUCAAUAUUAGCUUUAGGAAUAUCAUGUUUUCAAGAAUCCACCGAUGGAAUGAACUCAAAUCCAAGUGAAGGAAACAGUUCAGACAAAAACUACAAUAUAGAGUAUCAAGUUUGUACAUUCAAUUUAAGUGUCCUAUGUAGCCAAGAGUUUGUUGUUGAGCCAGCAUCUCUKCAAUUUUUAAUUCAACAUGGAUUUGACUUCAACAAGCAGUUCUCCAAAGGAGUCUUGUAUCACAAGGGAGAAGACAAGGAACCAUGCGAUUAUGCCAUUGCUUCAGUAAGAAACCUCUUUGCACACAUUCUGGCGUGUAACAAACCAGUGGUCUUCCAUAAUGGGCUGUUAGAUUUGGUCUUCUUGUACCAGAACCUCUACUCAGACCUUCCUGAUAAACUGGAAGUGUUUACUUCUGAUGUGCAUGGCAUGUUCACUGCUGGGGUGUUUGAUACAAAAUACAUUGCUGAAUUCAAGCAAAGAGAGCCAGCUUCUUAUCUGAGUUAUAUAUUUAGAAAAUGUCAGAGGUACAACACUAAAACUCAAAAACACAUCAAAGUUGCAUUUCCAACAGAGACAAUAAGCAGCCAAUGGAUUGAACAUCUUUGCUGCCACGAACCGCCAAGGCAACUUGAUGAGACGAGUGGUGUUCAAAUUUGUGAACUUUACGCUGCUCAUGGGUUUUGUCGGCGUGGUGCAGAUUGUCAUUUGUCACAUGACAUCGACCAGAUCCUCGACAAACAGGACAAGAUGCUUAGCAAGAAAAAGAGAAAAAAUAAGAAAAGAAAAACUGAUCGUGAUGAAGAUGAGACUCCAUCCAAGAAACAAUCACAUGGAAAUUCACCAAUAGAGCAGAAAGACAUAAAUAUUAAUACCUCUGACAACAAUGCUGUUGCUUAUGACACUCCAGAGAUAAGUACAUUGUCAAACAAUAAUACAGCUGGCGGACACAGGGUGGGGAUUAAUGACGUAAAUAUGAACAUCUCUGACAAUGAUGCUGUUGCUCACGACACACCACAGAUAAGUAGAAAUAAUGUUACAACUGGCGGACACAGGGCAGGGAUUGAUGCAUUUAUGACAGGAUAUUGUUUAGCAACAUAUAUUUUACUACAUGGAAAACAUGACCUUAGCAACAGUGUCCAUGGAUACAGUAACCUUAGCAACAGUGAGCUGGUAAAUAAGAUGUCUUUGAGUGGUAAGGAAGUUCCUUUAACUCUUGCUUGCAGCCAUUUUGCGAAGCCGUCUCUGUUGCACAUCAAUAAAAUGAAGAAUAUAAAGGUGAAAAUGUGCCAAAUUAGGAGCCAAAAUGUUGACUACAAUCUAGAGAUAAGUAAGACUAAAAUGUAAGUAAAGUCAAUUUUACUUAUUGAAGAUAAAAAAAAACACCAACACUUAAAGAUUUAACUCAAAUGUAAAUAAUUAUAACACUUUACAAAUAAAAUUUAUUACAGGGUGUAUUUAAAA